AUGGCCUCCAUACGCGCUUUCACUCGUCUGGCUACCCAGCGAACUGCCGUACGCCCGGCAGUUUUCUCUCGUGGCUUUGCCUCCGUAAACGACGUCCAUGCCCGGGACCCAAUCUCCAAGACCGCCGAGAAGAUCGCACCUGAUGCUUCGCGCUCGCCCAUCCCAGAGAGCAAGACGUCGACAAUCCAGGAGCCCGAGCCCAGCAAAGAUGCGAAGACCAAGACUUUCCACAUUUACCGAUGGAACCCAGAUGAGCCCACGUCAAAGCCCAAGAUGCAGUCCUACACACUCGACUUGAACAAGACCGGACCCAUGAUGCUGGAUGCGCUCAUCAGGAUCAAGAACGAGGUGGACCCGACCCUGACUUUCAGGCGGAGUUGUCGCGAGGGCAUUUGUGGAAGUUGUGCCAUGAACAUCGACGGAGUCAACACCCUGGCAUGCCUUUGCCGCAUUCCCACCGACACCACCAAGGAAUCUCGCAUCUACCCGCUCCCCCACAUGUACGUUGUCAAGGACCUCGUACCGGACAUGACUCUCUUCUACAAGCAAUAUCGAUCGGUCAAGCCAUACCUGCAGCGCACCACUGCCGCACCAGAUGGUCGUGAGUUCCGCCAGUCCAAGGAAGAUCGCAAGAAGCUCGACGGACUCUACGAAUGCAUUCUCUGCGCUUGCUGCUCAACAUCAUGCCCAUCGUACUGGUGGAACCAGGAGGAGUACCUUGGCCCUGCCGUUCUUCUCCAAUCCUACCGAUGGAUCGCCGAUUCACGAGACGAGAAGAAGGCUGAGCGCCAGGAUGCUCUUAACAACAGCAUGAGCUUAUACCGAUGCCACACCAUUCUCAACUGCUCAAGGACAUGCCCCAAGGGACUGAACCCUGCGCUAGCCAUUGCGGAGAUCAAGAAGAGCAUGGCCUUCACUUAG